AUGACUUCGAGUAUGAUUGGUGGGCUAAUUUCAAGUAAGGUUUGUAAUAAGCCUUUGACAUCAGUUAGUGUGGUGGUUUAUGAUUUCAAGGAUUACAAUGGAACAAAAGUUUGUUAUUGGCAAGCUUGGAUGGGUGCUAAAAAAGCAAGGGGUGCUGUUUUUGGUGACUAUUCAUCAUCAUUUGACGAUCUUUGUUGGUAUGUUGAUACCGCUAAUGAUGCUAAUCCGGGGAGUGUUUUUGAUAUGGAAUUUGAUGUUGAUAGUAAAGGAAGACAUUUCAAAAGGUUGUUUUUCGCUUUUGAGGCAUGUAUUCAUGGUUUCAAGUAUUGUCAGCCUGUGUUGAUACUUAAUGGAACUUUCUUGAAAGAAAGACACAAAGGUUGUUUACUGGCUGCUACAGCAAAAGACGAUAAUCAUGGUUUACGACAAUUGGCAUUGGUUCUUGUCAAAGUUAUUGGUUAUUUUGACUCCGGGAAGGGAUAUUGCAUUUGUGACCAAUUGGCGUGGAGGUUUGCUGAAAGCUUUAGCUGGGGUGUUUCCAUUUUCUUCUCAUUCUUUUUGUCUAUGCAUUUGAAGACAAACUUGAAGACUUAUUUUCUAGUGAAGAGUCAUGAAUCUAAAGAGUAUUUGCUUUUGCUUACUCUUUUUAGUAAAUGUGCAUAUUCUCCUACUAUUGAGUUGUUUAAUGAGCUAUUUGAAGAAUUUAAGGGUCGUUGUGGUCGUAGUGUUCAUAAGAUUCUUGAGGAUUUUCCUAAUAAGCAUUGGUGUAACACUUAUUUUCAAGGCAAAAGGUAUGGUGAAAUGUGCACAAAUGCUGUGGAAUCUUUUAAUUCAUGGAUUAGGGAUGAGUGCCAUUUGUUUUCAACUAGUCUUGUUAAUGUUGUACGGGUGAAACUAAUGGAGCAAUUUUCAAAUAGGAGAGAAGUUGGGAAUAAAUGGAAUCAUAUUGUUUGUCCUUUUGUAGAGAAAAAGUUAGAAGAAGCUUUUAAUGAUACAAAGGCAUGGAUAGUUAAGAAAUGUAGCGAUGACAUUUAUGAAAUCCAAUUAGAUCAUUUAGCUACAGUUGAUAUUGGGAAACGUUCUUGUUCAUGUUAA